GCUGGCCGGUGCUGUAUCACAUUUCUAUUGGUUCUAGUCCCUGUUGUUUAAAUAUCAUUCUUAUAUUAUCCGCGCAUUACAAUUUGAAGAAGCCUCGCCAGCGCAUUUGAUCCAAUCCGUUCUCAUGUCGGUACAGCAGCAAUCCCUUCAUAUUAACAGAUCCUCAGCGGUUGGUUUGAUCCGCUUCUGUGCCGGUGUUGUAACACCUGGCUGCGGCUUAUCCUGACGUCACGUCCCAGAGACACGCCCCCUGCUUCCUUGCCGUUUGAAAAGCCUCGUCAAAGCGCCGCUGUAGAGAGAUGGCAGCUGCGGGUUUUGAACCCGGUGCCGGGCGGGGAAUCAUGGCUGCAGAACAAGAGUCUGAAGAAACUGUUUCUCAAGAGCUGCACAGCGCCUCUGAGCUGAGGAUCGUGCUGCUUGGGGGAUGGAGAGAUGAGAAGAGUUCAUCAGGAAACACCAUCCUGGACAGAGAGGAGUUCAGAUCUGGAUUCAGCUUCUGUGCUGUAACGAGGGAGUGUGUGAAGAGAACAGGAGAAGUUUCUGGGAGACUGGUCACUGUGGUCGACACUCCACACUUGUUAGACACAGACCAGGUUGAGAUUGAGAGAUGUGUUUCUCUGUCUGCCCCGGGACCCCACGCUUUCCUCCUGGUGAUACCCGUGUAUGAAAAAGAAGUGAUUGACACUUACCGUGAGUCUAUAGUAGAACAGGAUUGCAAAUCCUUUUAUAAAGUGCAGGAGCUGUUUGGUGAGAGAGCUGUGAGGAACACAAUGAUCCUUUUCACCUACAGGGAUGAUCUGAGAGGCAGGACGAUUGAGCAGCACAUUGAGGAAGCUGGUGAGGAGCUCCAGCAGCUUGUUGAGAAAUGUGGGAACAGGUAUCAUGUUCUCAACAAUGAGGACAGGAGCGAUCGCACUCAGGUCACACAGCUCCUGGACAAGAUAGACAACAUGGUGAAGGGAAGUGGAGGCUGCUACCUCCCAAAUGAGAUUUACCAGGAGGUAGACGAAAGGAUUAGACUAAAGGAACAGGAACUGAAUGAGAAACACAAAGAGGAACUGAGCAGGAAAGAAGAGGAGAUGAAACAGAAAUAUGAGGAGGAACAGAGGAGGAGAGAAGAGGAGAUGAAACAGAAAUAUGAGGAGGAACAGAGGAGGAGAGAAGAGGAGAUGAAACAGAAAUAUGAGGAGGAACAGAGGAGGAGAGAAGAUGAGCUGAUGGAGAAGUUCAGGAAGCAAAUGAAGGAGGAGGAGCUGGAGAAAGAGGCAGAAGAAUCCAAGCUGCCUGUCAGGAGAAGGAACAGCAUGGAAGGACAUCGUCCCAACUUGUCUGGAGGUGAAGGAGAGGCUCCCCUUGCAGAUACCCAAGCGCCUCCCAGCCCCCCUGAGCUGAGGAUGGUGCUGCUUGGGAAGACUGGGGCUGGGAAGAGUGCAGCAGGAAACACCAUCCUGGGCAGAGAGGAGUUCAGAUCUGAAGCCAGCUCCUCUGCAGUAACGAGGGAGUGUGAGAAGAGAAAAGGACAAGUGGCUGGGAGACGUGUUGCUGUGAUCGACACUCCAGAGCUCUCUCAGGACAAACUCCAGAUUAGGAGCUGUGUUUCUCUGUCUGCCCCGGGACCCCACGCUUUCCUCCUGGUGAUACCUGUGGGCCGAUUCACAGAGGAAGAGAGGAGAGCAGUGGAGACAGUCCAGGAGAUAUUCAGUGAGGAUGCUGUGAGGAGGUACAUGAUGCUUCUUUUCACACACAGUGACAAACUGAAAGGCAAGACCAUUGAGGAUUAUAUUCAGACAGGCAGCAAGGAGCUCCAGCAGCUUGUUGAGAAAUGUGGGAGCAGGUAUCAUGUUCUCAACACUGAGGACAGGAGCGAUCACACUCAGGUCACACAGCUCCUGGACAAGAUAGACAACAUGGUGAAGGGAAACAACGGCAGCUACUACACCAGUGAGAUGUACCAGCAAGCAGAAGCAAAGAUCAGACAAAGACAAGAGGAGAUACUGAAGGAGAAGGAAGAGACGAUAUUGAGGGAGGAAGAUGAACUGAGGGCAAAGCACCUGAUAGAACUGGAGAACACGAAAAGGAAGAUGAGAUUGGAAAUCCAGAAACGAGACGAAAAGAUCAGAGAGCUGGAGGAGAGGAUAAGAGAGCUGGAGGAAGAGCUGAGGAAAGAACAGGGAGAGAAUCACAGGAUCAAACUGGAGGAAGAGCUGAGGAGAAAGAGAGAGGAGAGAGAAAGGGCGGAGCGAGAGAAGGAGGAUUGCAUGGAGAAGGGGGAGAGAGAGAGGGGAGAGUACGAAGAGAAACACAGGAGAGAGAUGGAGGAAGUCAGGCAGCGCUACGAGGAAAUCAUUAGAGGUGAAGCAGAGAGAGCCAACGAGUUUAUAAGCACAUAUGAAAAGCCAGCUGAAGCGAGAGGAGAAAGGGCAGCAGAGAGGUCCAGCCAGCUUGUGAAGCACUAUGUGAAGCCAGCAGCAGUAUUACUGGGAGGAGUGGCAGGGGCACUGCUAGGGGCAGCAGGAGGAGCUCUGAGGGGUCCAUUGGGAGCUGCAGCAGGAGCUGCUAUUGGAUCUGUAGCAGGAGCACAAGUAGGAUCUGUGAUAGGAGGAGCAGCCAGGGCAGGAGUAGCAGAGAGCUCAGACACACACACACACAGAAGCAGAGAGCUCAAAUAAACUCCUAACCUCACCCCCCGUGCCACUCCAGGGCUCACAGCUGACAGAAAGAAAUGUGUGGGAGGUACCCCCGAGUCACAUGACGACACGACAUUUCCUGUCUGGGUGACAUUAAAAGCCAGCUGUCUUUCUUGACUAAAGAGACAUCCAAGUGUUCUCGUAGUCCUCGCCCUUUUUAUGCGAUUAGGAAAAGCUUCAUCAAGCAGCUCAUUAUAAUGACAUGUUGUUAAAUAUGAUUGUGUUUGUCUCCACGGCUGUAUAUCCAGAGCCUUGCUUUCUACAGCACAGUGUCAGGUUUGAGGAGAGCACUGUGAGCCUCUUGCGAAGCUGUAACGCGCUGGGAAAUGCACACUUUAUCAAUGGAUUUGAAUCAAUGUCUAGAAACCACUGCGAGCUGGUGAAUGGAAAAUCUCUCUACAGAAUCACAGUGACAGAUGAACGGCUGUGAAUCUAGGAGGCAGUGCGGUCCAGUGGUUAAACUCCAGGGCUUGUAACCAGGAGGACACUGGUUCAAAUCCCAGCUCUGUCACUGACUGACUCACUGUCAAUAGAAUGUGUUUUGCCUAGGUCCUGAGUAUUUCAACCGGGCAGCAGUGUGGAGUAGUGGUUAGGGCUCUGGACUCUUGACCGGAGGGUCGUGGGUUCAAUCCCAGGUGGGGGACACUGCUGCUGUACCCUUGAGCAAGGUACGUUACCUAGAUUGCUCCAGUAAAAACCCAACUGUAUAAAUGGGGAAUUGUAUGUAAAAAUAAUGUGAUAUCUUGUAACAAUUGUAAGUCACCCUGGAUAAGGGCGUCUGCUAAGAAAUAAAUAAUAAUAAUAGAAUUUUUUAUUACUUGUUAAUAAAAUGUUUUUUUUUUAUCUGACCAAUCGUAUUAGAAUAAAAGAACAUGGCUUUCACAUAUAUUUGAGCAUAUUUUACACAAUAUAUUAUAUAUAUUGUUCAUAAGAUGUAUUUGUAAGUGAGAUAAACACCUUUUAAAAUAAAGGGCGUCCUGUGGUGUUCUUGUAAAGAUGUGUAUCAGUAACCAGCCCUCGUGUUAGCCUUGGGCUCCGAGCUGCAGAACAAGGUCAGCUGCUUCACUAUUGAAAACAUCCGACUCUAUUACAAACUGUGU